UAUAAACGAAACAAAAUACGUACUUUAGUGCGUCAAUCAUAGGCGCUACGAUCGAACUUGUUUUGAAACUUGUAGCUUUGAUGGAUUCGGAUUCUUUGAUUACAUUUUUGUUUUAUAUGUGAAGCAUAAUGAUUAGAGUUAUGUAACUGUAUAACUAUCUCUUUCUUUUUUCUACUAUAUUUUUAUGUCUUAAAAAGGCCGAUUUUUCGUAUAUACAAAUAUUUUGUUUAAUUAAAAUUUUAAAAGCGAUUAAAGAAGACAUGAGCUUUGUUUAAUUAAAAUUUAAAAAGUGAUUAAACAAAUAAGUUUGGAGUAAUAUUGGUAUAUUUUAGCUUUUUUUAACAAAAUUUGAUGCCUGUAUAUCUCAAAAAGAACCCACUAAGGAUUCGUUUAGCUUUUCUAACAAUAUUUGAUGCCAACCAAUUUGAAGUCUUCGGUUAAGACAAUGAUGGUAGCUUAAAGUUUAUAACCAAAGUCUUUAUUUAUAUAAUCUGUCAUUAUUCUACAUUAAAACAUGCAUUAUUUAAGAAAAGUAAUAAAAUAAAAAGCAUUUGAUCAAAACCCCAAUCAAGAGUUAGAUGUCUCUCAUACGCACAGCCAACAAUGAAUUAUGUGUUUAUUUUUCCUUUGUUCUUCACCAUAUUAUUCACUAUCCUCUUCAAAUACAUAUGGAUCCCAAUGCGGAUCCAACUCCACUUCCGCCGACAGGGCGUAAAAGGUCCCGGCUACCGUCCGAUCUUCGGCAACUCAGCCGGGAUACAGCGGAGGAUGUUCGCAGAGGCGGAAUCAUCACGCUCGGUUUCUUUCAACCAUAAGGUGGUUGUUGAGAGAGUGAUGCCACAAUACUACAACUGGUCAAAAGUUUAUGGAGAUACAUUUUUGUAUUGGUUCGGGUCAAAGGCUAGCCUGGCCCUGUCCGACCCGGUUAUGAUCAAAGAAAUACUAGUCAGCGAAAGCGGGUCGUUUGGGAAGAUCAGGUUCGGGCCGGCUUUAAAGCUUAUGUUCGGUGAUGGGCUUGUGGCGUUGGAGGGAGAGAGAUGGGUUGUUCAUAGAAGGAUCGCUAAUAAAGCUUUUAGUAUGGAAAGAGUCAAGGAAUGGGUUCCUGAAAUUGUGGAUAGUAUUCGAAAUAUGAUGAGCAAAUGGGAUGCGACUAUUGAAGCAAGUAACAAAUCAGAAUUCGAAUUUGACGUUCACAAAGAAUUUCAUCAACUCUCUGGAGACAUUAUAUCUCGAACAGCUUUUGGAAGCAAUUUCUCAGAGGGCAAACGAAUAUUCGAAUUGCAGGAGCAACAAAGUGUACUUGUUUUACGGUCCAGUCGAAAUAUCUACUUACCAGGAUCCAGGUUUUUACCGACAAAACAUAACAAAACAUUGUGGAAGCUCGAGAAAGAAACAACAAAACUAAUUACUAAAUUGAUUGAGAAAAACAAAAACACCAAACAAAAUGAGAAUACUCUACUCACUGCAUUCAUAUCGCCUUCUAAGAAAGACGACAUACUUGAUCUAAAGGAGAUUGUUGAUGAAUGCAAGACGUUUUAUUUCACGGGAAAGGAAACAACCGCUAAUCUUUUGACAUGGGCGUUUCUCCUUCUCGGGUUGCAUCAAGAAUGGCAAAACAAAGUUCGAGAAGAAGUUGACCGCAUCUGUGGUCAUAAUGUGUUUCCUAGUGCUGAUAAUUUGGCAGACUUAAAGAUCGUUACCCUGAUCUUGAAUGAAACACUUAGACUCUACCCUCCAGCUGGAAUGAUGGUGAGACAAGCCUCGAAAAAUGUGAAACUCGCGGGUGGACUUGAUGUUCCAACCGGUACACGACUUUUCUUGGCCAUGACAGCAGUCCAUUAUGAUGUAAGAAUAUGGGGAGAAGAUGCAAAUGUGUUCAAUCCCAUGAGAUUUUUGGAGCCUAGGAACCAUUUAGCCUCGUUCUUCCCGUUCGGCUUGGGCCCGAGGGUUUGCGUUGGCCAAAAUCUAGCAGUCGUCGAGGCCAAAAUCGCGUUGGCUAUGAUCGUUAGCCGUUACUCAUUUGUUGUUUCGCCUUCAUACGUUCAUGCUCCAAUGCAGUCACUAGCUUUGCAACCCCAAUACGGUGCUCAAAUGAUAUUCAGUAGGAGGAGUUGAAAACUUGUUCAGUUCAACAAAUAUAUGUGUUUAUUGGUAUUUAUUUUCGUUAACUUAUGGUUCGAACAGUUCAUGAAUACCCUCAUGUUUGAUUA